AUGGCAAUGGAUGAUUGUACAACUAAUAUCUGGACCCGUUCUCGGUUUGUUGGAUCCGGACAAGUCGCUCUAACCGUCUUUGUUACGAUCUUCAUGUUCUGUGUUACGGACGGACUGUGUCCGAGUAAACUCAAGAUGCAUUCCUUCUCAUGUUUCGGUGAUUACAAUACCCAGUUUCUUAACAUGCAGAAAAGUCAGCGAACGUUGUUCUCGGGAGUUGACGUCGAACUGCUAAGAGCAUUCUGCAGUGCAUACUUGUCCGCUAUGACGUGUAUUAACCAGCUGAGGACUGAGUGUGGGAAAGACCACCAUCACGUGAUCGAAGGUCCUCUAAUCAACCUUAAUGGCGCCACGGACGAACUGUCCUUCAUGUGCAAGAACGACGACAUAUACGAAGUGUACGCUCGUCAUAUGAGCUGCUAUAUGUCACACGGAAGUUACUCUGAACGUUGCUUUCAUGACGUCAUGAAUACUACUAGUCGAUUUCUGAAACGGUUGAAUUGGAAAUCUUUGGACGACUUAUGCAGCGAUCUCAGUCAGGUGUUACUUUGUAUCAAAGGCAACAUUGGUCAGAGCUGUGGUCAAGAGGCGGCCAGUCUGAUGGAUGUGCUGGCCAAACCGAUGGUCCGGAGCAGUACCAUGUGUGACAAGCACGUGUUUUCAACAAAGGAUUAUUCGGAAACAUAUCACAGGACAACAUUUGCUCCACCGGAAGGUUCAAAUCGACGUGUGAUAUCCAUCCGCGAAAGUGAUCGGUACAAUGGCGGAAGUCGGACUACAUCAUAUCCGCUUUAUCUGUUUAUCUGUGUUGUGAUAAGCUGGAAUAUAAUUUGGUUAAAACUUCAAUUUUAUUGUGGACGGAGAAUUUAACCUUCAUAUCACGGAUUUAUGCUACCGGGCUUUCAAAGUAAUUUAUUAUGGCUUAGAAAGACACAAGUAAAUUAGUUUUGUGUAUAGUUAUUUGUUAUUUAUUGCUAAUACAAGGACAACUGCUACUGACUGACACAUCGCAUACACAAAACUACGUGACUUUAAAGUAAACUAACUCUGACAAUUUGUCACCAAAAGUGCUAUAUUUAAUGGUCAGCGAGAUUGGAGUGUGUUUUGGGAUUGAUCAAUGUCCGAACGUGACACCGGAAGUUGGCAAAUAUGCCAGGGAAAAGGUAAGACCUCAGUCAAGGCAAAUUCCCGCUGUCAGCUGUGUUGUUAAAAUUCAGUGACAUGUUCCAACCGAAGAUGAGUGUGUCCCGCACAAACAGUCAUCGACGUGUUCGAGAGUGAAGUGAAAGGUCUUUCAUGUUUUGUAAUUUAGAUAUUACAAGUACCGGUUUGCGAUCUGCAGAGUAGAAAGGAUAGGUUGCUCAAGUGACGUCACACCAUCAUCGGCUAUCCUGGGGUCCUGCGUCAUGUACUGUCACCCUGUAGUUGAAUAUGUUCUCUACAACAUGGUGGCAUGGCAUCAAAUAAAGUGAUUACUUCUCUAUUGUACAUGGCUGUUUUUGUCAAGCCAAAUUCAGGAGAAAGCAACAUUCCAACCUAUUCGACAAUAUUUAUUUAAAAUCCAAACAAAAUAAAAUGUAAAUAUUUAUCAUGUAGGGCAUGACGGGGUGUUAGACAGGCACUGACAAACCAUCUAAGUCAUUUAUACAUAGUCAUUUACAUAUCUGUGUCUGGAAUCCCGCAACGUUCUAUAUCAUCAUAUUUGUGCUCGACGUCAUAUGGAUAUCAGUGUGAUACGUCACUUAGGAGAACACAUCACUCCUGGCGCUCUUCA